AUGGAAUCGGAACGUUGCGAGGAUACCUCCAGUAUGAUAGGUGGCUUCGGUUUGGAAGUGAAACCGCUGAGGAUGAUGUCCAGCCCGAACACGGGACCCAGACACACGAUCGACAACAUCCUUGGACUUGUCCGGAAGGACGAUCCGAACGGAAGCGACAGGGAGCGCGCCAUCACACCCGGAAACGGCGAAAGCGCGGGAGAAGGAAGUUGCAACUCGAACGACGGGGUGUCUGAGUUGCGAUACGGAAAGGGCGCUGGGAGCGGCUCGGACGACGAAUCGGGAACGGCGGGAGGCAUGUCGGAGGCGGAUAACUGCAAGAAAAAGCAUCGUCGCAAUCGCACGACCUUCACCACUUACCAGCUGCACGAGUUGGAGAGGGCCUUCGAGAAGAGUCAUUAUCCGGACGUCUACAGCAGGGAGGAACUCGCGAUGAAAGUCAAUCUACCAGAAGUCAGAGUACAGGUCUGGUUCCAAAAUCGCAGGGCGAAAUGGCGGAGGCAGGAGAAAAUGGAGGCGGCCCGAUUGGGCCUGAGCGAGUAUCACGCUGUUUCGACGCUGAGCAGAGCGGCAGGAUCGAGCCUUGCCCUUCCGAUGGAUCCGUGGCUCUCGCCGCCCCUGCUUUCGGCGUUGCCCGGCUUUUUGAGCCACCCCCAAACAGGAUAUCCCAGUUACUUGACGCCCCCGGUUCCCGGCGAUCAUCAUAGCCGCCACCCCCCGGUCGCCCACUCUCACUCACCCUCAUCAUCCUCGUCGCAGCAUCACAACACUCCGCCUGAUAUGCGGACCACCUCCAUAGCCGCCCUCCGUCUCAAAGCCAAAGAACACGUGGAGAACAUCACCAAGGGUCUGCAGAUGGUCUAA